GACAUUGCUUCGAAAAUACUUUGAUUCUCCCUCAACAUAAUAAAAACAAACUCGAUUUGUUGGUCCCUCCCGAAACUCUUCAGAUUGUUUCAAAUUCUGUUGUGUUUAGCUAGCUGUUCUUGUUAUUUUUGAAUAAUGCUGCAACCCAAAGUUCUCACAUCGGUUCUGGGGCAAGCAAACACUGGUGGAGUAGAAAAUACCAUUUUGCUAACACACGAAGGAGCACUGCUGGCAUUUUCCGGGUACGGAGACAGGGAUGCCACGAUAACCGCUGCUAUUGCCAGUAACGUGUGGUCCGCAUACGAAAAGAAUGGUCGCAAUGCCUUUCGAGAAGAUCGGCUCCAGUACGUGUUUCUGCAAUGCGAAAAUGGAAACGUAAUCAUCACUCAAGUGGCCAAUUUGCUGCUAUGUCUGUAUGCGAGAGAAAACGUCGGACUUGGAAUCCUGAAGGAAAAAGCGCAGGCGCUAGCAAACUAUUUGGAAGGGCCACUGAAAGAGAUUGCGACAUCCUAGUUAGCUUGGUAAAUGUGGUUGUUCGGUGAAUAUAUGAGACGGAUGUGUUUA